UAAAAAAUGUUACAAAAUGGAGGGUUUUUUGAACAGAAAGUUUUCGAAGUUUUAAGAAAUGAUCCUAGUACGAUCCGUCAACAGCAAAUCUCCCUGCAAUAAAAGAACAUUUCUUUUCAUUCCAGGGUGCAAUAUUUGCCGCCGAACAGGUGAACCACAAGUAUAUAAAAAGCCAACAUUUGAGUGAUCUUGUAGCUUGUCGCUUAGUUACAGAGUAGUUUUAAACAUUAUAUUGACGGGCGAAUUCAUGGCUUUAACGUUAAAGAACAGGCUUUACGAAUGCUGAUCUCGACUAAAAGCUAAAUGUGAAAGAACUUGAAUUACAUUUUGGUACUUCCAACAUGAAGAAACCCAGUGAUGAAAAUAUAAACGGUGGUUUUUAAUACCAGAACGCUCGCUUCAAUUCACACGUUUUUAUACAGUUCGUUUGCAUUUUAUUGAUAUUUUAUCUGCCUUUUUAUAAAUUUUAUUGCCUCGUUUUAUUUCAACAAGAGAUCGGUUUUCCUGAAGUUUAAACAUUUUUCCUAUGAACAACUUUUAUAUAAAUACAGUACACAAAAUUUGAAUAUAGCUGUACUUUUAUAUGCAAUAUCAAUGUGCUGUUCGGAGACAAACCGAAUUGAUGUUGAAACGGCAGACGACACUGUUGAAGUUCGCAAAGGUCGCUGGCUUCGAAUUAUUCAUAGAAAUCCAGAUGGCAUUCCAGGAGAAAGUCAUGUUACUGGAAAUGCAGUGCAUUCUUCUGUUUUCCAAGUGAAUUCGUGGUUGGUAAAUGGUGUUGAGAAUCAGCCUUUCACCAUUAUGAAUGAUAACCAUGGCCCUGGUGAAAGAACCAACAAAAUUGUUAUAUUUUUCAUCCAUGGAGUAGGGGGAAGUUCGGAAAUUUGGAAUGAACAGAUUGAGCAUUUCACAAAAUUGGGAUAUGUUGUUGUUGCGUCAGAUAUUCUAGGACAUGGAGGUAGUUCGGCACCCAGGGAUGCAUCGAGUUACACAUUCUCAGAAAUUGCACUUGAUAUGUUUGCAGUGUUCGAUCGAUAUCGUAGCGACAGGAGAAAUAUCUUAGUUGGUCAUUCAUAUGGCUGUUCAUUUUGCACAAAGAUUGCGUCUGAACGACCACGUCAGGUCUCCAAGAUGAUCUUAAUCAGUGGUGGUGGACCUGUGCCGUUAAUUCCGCAACCAUGCCAGCUCUUCUGUCUGCCCUCCCUCAUCCUCGCUUGCUUAAAACCCUUCGUGGUCUGGUCGUUUCGCAGAAUGGGAUUUCACGCACACACGUCUCGGAAUACCAUUCAAUCGUCGGGUGCUUUCGAAGUUCCAUCGUACGUUCUUCGGGCCACGAUGAUGGGACAGACGUGGAACGAGGGAAACGAGGAGUUUCACUCCGAUCUCAUGGUUGCGACAUUGUUGAUUUAUGGUAACCAUGACAACUUUGUUACCUUGGACGAGGAAACUCACAUGCACGAGACAAUUUAUGGGUCAACACUGGAAGUGCUUGAGAAUGCUGGCCACAUGGUUAUGUUAGAAUGUCCAGAUAAGGUGAACGAGCUGAUCCUGCAAUUUCUUCGGCGUGAUGAUUCCACACAAUCCGACAUCUUGCUCGCCAACGGCAGUCGCCCGGGAUGUUCCACAGUUUCCGAGGCAAAGAAUACGGCAAGUACAAUACACGAUUCACAACUUAGUCUACAUACGCCUUCAGAUAUUUAAAGAAAUCAGUUGCAAUAGCUGCAAUGUAUUCUCGUCCUUGUUAGUCGGCCUUUCCUCUCGCGGGAAAAAAUACCGCAGAAAAUACGCCUGGCCAGCAGUCUAGGACCGAACAAACUCGUUUCGAGCUGAACUUUCGUAUUGUUUGUACGAAAAUUCGCCUUUUACGGUUUUAUGAAGGCACCGAUCUUAAUAUGGAACCUGGAAGAGAGAGUUUUUUUGCCAUAAAAAAGCGACUCGUGCGACAGUCACAUCAAAGUUGUCGGAGUUUUGUUUACACGUGGCUCGAAAAGUUCAAUAUGACGUCUUGUUCAAUGUGAUCAAUGUGAUCAAGAAAAAGAUAAAUGUGCCAAAUUUACGACAUUAUUUAAAACCUAUCGCAAAUUCGGGUGACGCUUACCCAGGUGGCUCUGUGUUGGGAUCCGAUGAGCCACCACUGCUUCCUUUUCUCGAAAAUACUUUGUGAACAAUUUUUCGUACGGAAAUCUAUCGUUUUCGUGUUUCGUGUUGACAUUUGCGAGGUGGUGUCAGUCUUCGUGGGAGAAUCUUGAUCUUUUGUGCAGACUUUGACGUAAUCACGGGUGCCUCGUUGUAACAGUUUUUACGUAAGAAAUCCAUUCCUGCCAUCUACCGUGCGUGAGCACGCUGCGUGCUAGGGACUUUCUCUUACGUGCAAGAACACGAAUUUCCGUGUUGGUUUUCGCGUAAACCGGAGCUCAGGCAAGCAACGGUGAGACUGGGAACGAAAGUAGGAACAUCGGGAUUUUUGGUGUGUUCUUGGGAUAUUCAAAAAUGUUUCUUCGGAAUUGCAUACAUUUACAUGUGACACCCUGACACUCCUCUUUUUCAUAAAUGUACAGAAGGUAUUUUAAAAUUGUGAACGCAAGUAAUGGAUAUAAAAAUCUUUUUAAUAUUAAUAUAUGCAGACAUGAAA